UGCUCUGGCUUUGUGCCACUUUGCAUUGCUUCCGGUUCCCCAUCUUUCACUCACUUUCUCGAACCCCAUUCUCAUACACAGCACGUCAUUCGAAAAAAUUCUCUUAUUUAUUUAUUUUUUUUUUUUUUGGGGGGCUCUUCCUCGAAGCCUUUACAUUCACCGAAGAAAAAGUUUUUUCCUUGCAUCUUCAAAAUUCACUCUUUGUCUUCAGCAGCCUCUGAAUCUUGUUCCCGCUACCCAUUUCUGCUUUUUACCAUUCUUUUCGAUUCCCUGCUUUUUUGUUUUGUUUUUUGUUUUUUGUUUUUUUUUUUUUUUUUUUUUUGGUUUCUUUAAUAAGAUGCUUCCAUUUGUGAAAGCAUUUCGAUUUGUUUUCAGUUUUCCUUUUCUUUUUCCCAGAAUGUUGCUGCUGGGUCAUGGUCGUAUACGCUUUUAAUUAUUGGGUUUAAUCUUUCAUUUAUUUCCAUUUUGUUCCAAAAUUUCUUUCCCGCCCACUGAGUAAUUACACUUCUUAUAUUGCUUUUCCACUUUCAGACAGUGAGUAAUUUGUCAAAGUUUAUUAAUUUUGUGUAAUGGGUAUAUGUCACUUUCUUCUAUCUCUCACAUUUUUUUUUCUACCACUUGAUUUAUGCCGAUUGGACUGUUGAUUUGUUUUGUAUUUUUCUUUUGGGCUGUUAAGCCGAUGUGGCUGCUAAUUUUAUGUAAUGGGUAUAUAUCACUUUCUUCUAUCUCUCACAUUUUUUUUUUUUUUUUUGAAUUUUAAACAGAGGCUUAAGCGGUGGUUAUGGGUGGUGGUGUGGUGGAAGUGAUAAAAAGCAAGGGGUGCUCUAGGCUGUUUGUUGGAAUUUCAUCUCCAUUGCAUUCAUUUAGAGGUCUGCAACCAAUUGAACCAAUGUCCCCAGCUUCGUCCUCCGCUGUGUCGGAGUCACUGGGGGUCCGAUCAGGCGCACCUUUUGCCGGUCUCGUUAUAUGUGUUACUGGUCUAUCCAAAGAAGCAAGGAAACAGGUUAUGGAAGCAACAGAAAGAUUAGGUGGUCAGUACAGCCCUAAUUUACACCCACAAUGUACCCAUUUGGUGGUUCAGAUAUCCUUCUAUUUCUAUUUUAUUCUUUCACUUAUUAUAUAAUAUUUAUUCUUUAUAUUAUGAUACAAUGGCCAAAAUUUACCAAUCUUAUUUUUUUAAUUGGGUCAACAUCAUAAUGCUCCUUAAGGGUUAUUGAUGCACGGCUUGUAUGUCAUCCUUAACAAGUGUUACAGCUUUGGUGGACGCAAGUUUGAGCAUGCCGCGAAACAUGGAUCAAGAAAUGGUCUCUUUAUUGUUACUCUUGGAUGGUUUGUCGAUAGCGUUAGGAAGAAUGUGAGACUCAAUGAAUCACUUUACAAUGUCAAGAGCUUUGGAAAAAAUGAUGCACACUUGGAUCAGAUGAAUAGACUAGUUGGUUUUAGUGGUACUGAAAAUUCCUGCCUUCCUGUUGGUACUCGUGGCGCCAAGCAAUCUGACAUGCUACAGGAACAGCAUCUGUCCCAUUCUGGAGGAGAGUCUAAUAGAACUACUGGCUCUACGCUAUCUGGCAGCUACCUCUAUGUCGACUUAGAUAUUUCAGAAGAACUUCGAAAAAAGGUCAUUGAGGCUGCCAGUAAGGAAGGAGCCACAUUUCUAAAGCAGUGGUUUGUUGGUUGCCCUGCCAGUCAUGUUGUGUGUGAAGGGUCCUCUAUCCGGAGAUAUCUUGGUCACUCAAGCCAUCUUGUUACUCCACUUUGGAUUCUGAAAACAGCCAAGGAGAGGUGUCUGCAGAGGCUUGUGCAUAUGUCUGUCGAUUUGGCCAGGCAGGUCAAUGGUAUGCUUGAAGAUUUUCAGAAUCAAGUUGUGGAGGAGGAAUUGAAGGAGAGAAGUGUCCCUAAAGAUGUCCAGAACUUUAGAAGUAAAGCAAGCCAUGAAGAAAGGCAACAGAUUGUGAAUUAUGCUAAAACUGGAGUAAGAAAUCGUCGUGGCCGUCGCAUGCAGACCUGUCAAACUCCAAUGCGACCUAUAACCCCUAGCAGCCUUCUGGAUACAAUUUGCUGGUCAAUAUCUGAGCCAACUUCGACUGCUUCUAUUUACACCGAUUCUUUUAGUGCUGAAGAUGUCAGUGAACAUCAUACACCUGCAUAUUUUGAUGCAAAAGGAGAUGGCAAGGAUUCAGAGGCUUCAUUUGCAAACUUAACUAGGCCUCUUACUGCAAGUGAGAAAUCUGAAUUAAUAUUUAGGAGCAACUUUCUUACCAUACUCUUUCCUGUUGACCGAUUUGCCGAGAUGGGGCCAUCUUCAAGAACAUUUUUCAGUGAUAGCGGCUUUACGUGCAUGCAGGUGUUGGAUCAUAUCUAUACAUUUUAUCAGGAAAACAUGUCAGUCCAUGAAAUAGAGGCUGCAAUCCACACAGACUCGAGGCAUGCUGACCGUCUUCGAUCGGUGUAUUCCAGUAAAGAAUCAGUAGAGCGUGGUUUUGUGAAUUUCAAACGGAUAGAUUUUAUAGGGAGUCGUAAAAGUUUUGAAAUGUUGAAACGGGUUAAUGGGGAUAACAACAGUAACGUAUACGAGCUUUUGAUUAGAGCAUGAGAAUGAGAUGAUUUUAUAUGGUAAACACAUUACUCAUUUGAGUUUGAUGUUCGACCGGCCAAUUGUAUCAUAUAAUAAAUUCUGAAAUACAACUUAUCCAGGGAAAAAGAGAAGAAAUUAUCUAUUCUUUCA